AUGUCCAACUUCGAAGUUAUUUUUUUCAGCACCGUCAAUAAAAUGGCAUCAAGAAUAAAAUAUCUGUGGCUUCUGGUUUUCCAAGUUAUCCUGGUGAUACUGUUCUUUGUCUUCGUUAGAUAUGAUGGCGAUAAAGAUGUCAAUCUUCGAGGUUACGAAGACGCCCACGUGAUGAUCUACGUCGGUUUUGGAUUCCUGAUGACAUUUCUCAUGAAGUACUGCUACGGUGCGCUCGGCAUCAACUGGUUGCUGGCCGCACUAGUCGCCCAGUGGUCCAUUAUCACCCAGGGCUUGUUCCAUAUGAAGAACAUGACUAUACCUCUGAACAAGAAGACGAUCCUUGAAGCCGACAUAAUGUCAGCAACGGUCCUCAUCACAUUCGGGGCGUUGCUCGGCCGCGCCAGCGUGAAUCAACUUCUUUUCAUAGCCAUCGUGGAGGCGCUCAUAGGCAGCCUUAACUUGUACCUCGUAGAAGCAAUUAUUGAGGCAUCAGACGUCGGCGGAUCAAUGGCAAUCCAUGCAUAUGGGGCGUUCUUCGGGAUCGCAGUGAGCGGCGCCUGGGUAUGCAGCAGGGAACGACGAGACCAGCCGCAGGAUGACGGUCAUCCAUUCGAGAAGCCAUCCUACAUGACUGACGUCACAUCUAUGAUUGGCUCAAUAUUCCUGUUCAUCUAUUGGCCGUCCUUCAACGCCGCGCUCACGGGCUCUGACGCUGAUUACCAGAGGGCUGUGGUUAACACUUACCUGUCGCUCGCAGCGUGCUCGGUGGUCACCUUCGUCCUAUCAGCGUUCCUUCACCACGGCAAGUUCGAGAUGGAGCACAUCCAGAACUCGACACUCGCCGGCGGCGUUGGCGUCGGUACGGUGUGCAACAUGCACAUAACCGCCGGUGGAGCUAUCCUGAUAGGGAUGGGUGCUGCUUUCGUCAGCGUUUUCGGAUUUGCGAAGCUAAAGGCAAGUCUCUACAGCCUCAUCAUCUUUCUCUUCACUAUGGCAACCCAUAUCAAAGACGAGUACGAGUAA